GGCAACUAGGGCAGCAUUUACACCCUUGUCCCAAUCCCUGCUCUCCAUCCACAGGCCUGGAGCGCACACUCCUGAGAAGCAGCAGAGGUGGGAGGCUCCCAGUCACUGAGACCCCAGUUCCUCACAGAAGGCUCAUGGAGCCCGGAGCACACGGGGCCCUUUUCGAGAGGGCUAGCAGGUUCCUUCCAGACUUGUAGGGCGCCGCCCCAGGAUAGCCACGAUGGCGCAGGGUUUUGCAGUGGGCUUCGACCCACUGGGCCUCAGAGACCUCAGCUCGGGCUCUCUGAGCUCCCUUUCCUCCCGCAGCCACCUGGGCAGCGACUCCGGCUCGGCAACGCGAUACCUGCUGAAGAAGCAGCAGCGGCUGCUGAACGGGCCCCCCCGCGGAAUCCGAGCCUCAUCGCCCAUGGGCCGCGUUAUCCUCAUCAACUCCCCCAUCGAAGCCAACAGUGACGAGAGUGACAUCAUCCAUGCUGUCCGGGUGGAGAAGAGUCCAGCAGGCAGACUGGGUUUCAGUGUGCGGGGCGGCUCUGAGCAUGGCCUGGGCAUCUUCGUCAGCAAGGUGGAGGAGGGGAGCAGUGCAGAGCGGGCUGGCCUGUGCGUGGGCGACAAGAUCACGGAGGUGAAUGGGCUGAGCCUGGAGAGCACCACUAUGGGCAGCGCCGUGAAAGUGCUGACGGGCAGCAGCCGCCUGCACAUGAUGGUGAGACGCAUGGGCCGAGUGCCGGGCAUCAAAUUCUCCAAGGAGAAGACCACAUGGGUGGAUGUGGUGAAUCGGCGGCUGGUGGUGGAGAAGUGCAGCUCGACGCCAUCUGACAGUGGCUCGGAGGACAGUGUGCGGCGUAUUGUCCAUCUGUACACCACGUCGGACGACUUCUGUCUGGGCUUCAACAUCCGCGGGGGCAAGGAGUUUGGCCUGGGCAUCUACGUGUCCAAAGUGGAUCAUGGUGGGCUGGCCGAGGAGAACGGCAUCAAGGUGGGGGACCAGGUCCUGGCGGCCAACGGUGUCAGGUUCGACGACAUCAGCCACAGCCAGGCCGUGGAGGUGCUGAAGGGCCAAACGCACAUCAUGUUGACUAUCAAGGAGACUGGCCGGUACCCCGCCUACAAAGAGAUGGUUUCCGAGUACUGUUGGCUGGACCGAUUGAGCAACGGGGUGCUGCAGCAGCUGUCCCCAGCCUCUGAGAGCAGCUCCAGCGUCUCCUCCUAUGCCUCCAGCGCCCCCUGCAGCUCGGCUGAGGGCUCGGGCUCCCUGCCCUCUGACUGCAUGGAUGUCUGCCUGGGGCCUGAUGAGCCGGGCAGUGGGGGCCCAGGCUGGGGGCGGGCGGACACAGCCAUGCAGACGGAGCCUGACGUGGGGGGCCGCGUGGAGACCUGGUGCAGUGUGAGGCCCACCGUCAUCCUCAGGGACACAGCCAUCCGCUCGGAUGGCCCCCGGCCUGCCCGCCGCCUGGACCCAGCGCUCUCGGAGUCCCCUAAGACGGCUCUGCUGUUGGCCCUGAGCCGACCCCGGCCCCCCAUCACGAGGUCGCAGAGCCACCUGACCUUGUGGGAGGAGAAGAAGCAGCGGAAGAAGAAGUUGGGGUCCUCUGGGGAAAAGGGAGCACUGCAGCGCUCCAAGACGCUGAUGAACCUCUUCUUCAAGGGAGGGCGGCAGGGGCGGCUGGCAGGGGACGGGCACAGAGAGGCCUGGACGCUGGACGGAGGGAGCCCGGCCAAGCCCCGCCCUCGCCUAGACCUGGAGAAAGCAGGGGCAGUGGGGCCUGUGCAGAAGUUUGUCACCUGGAGACUGAGACGCGAGCGGGAGAGGGGCCGGGCCCUGCUUUCUGCCAGGUCCAGGAGCCCCUCCAGCCAGCUGCCCAGCGUGGACGAGCAGGUGCAAGCCUGGGAGAGCCGGCGGCCCCUUAUUCAGGACCUCGCCCGGCAGCUGCUGACAGACGAUGAGGUGCUGGCAGUCACCCGCCACUGCUCCCGGUACGUGCACGAGGGCGGUGUGGAGGGCCUCGUGAGGCCCCUGCUGGCCAUUCUGGACAGGCCGGCCAAGCUGCUGCUCCUCAGGGACAUCAGGAGCGUGGUGGCCCCCACUGACCUCGGCCGCUUUGACAGCAUGGUGAUGCCUGUGGAGCUGGAGGCUUUCGAGGCUCUUCAGAGCCGGGCAGCGCGGCCUCCUGCCUUGCGACCCGCCCGGCAGGACACACCGCCCAAGCGUCACCUCAUCACGCCUGUGCCUGACAGUCGUGGAGGUUUCUACCUGCUGCCUGCGAACGGCUUCUCAGAGGAGGAAGAUGAUGGGGAACUGAGGGAGCAGCUGGGGGGCCUCCAGAUCUCCCUGGGUGUCUCUGCUCCCCACCACCCUCAUAAGGAGAUCCCCCCUCUCCAAGACGUGCCGGUAGAUGCCUUCGCCCCACACCCAAGCACCUGCACUCCCCCUCCCCAGCCACCCCCGGUCACUCCCCGGCCCCCACGGCCUAACUGGCUGCUGACAGAACCCCUGACCCCAGAGGACCCUCGGCAGAGCCAGAGCCAGGGCCCUGCCCAGAGCCGUAGCCGCAGCCGGGGCCGAGGCAAGUCCCCGGGACGCAGGCGCUCCCCGUCCCCAGCACCUAUCCCCACCCCAAGCGCGGCCAGCGGGCGCUACCACAAGCCUCGGAAGGCCAGGCCCCCUCUGCCACGACCCGUGGAUGAGCAGGCAGCCAAGGCGGGGGGCCAUGGAGGCCCCUCUGAGAACGGAACAGGCGGGACAGCCAAGGAGGCAGCUGAGAAGGCCCCUGGCGGGGAGCUGAGGACAGUCACGCUGUCCAAGAUGAAGCAAUCCUUGGGCAUCAGCAUUUCUGGGGGCAUUGAGUCCAAGGUGCAGCCCAUGGUGAAGAUAGAAAAGAUCUUCCCUGGGGGGGCUGCCUUCCUCAGUGGGGCCCUGCAGGCUGGCUUCGAGCUUGUAGCAGUGGAUGGAGAGAGCCUGGAGCAGGUGACCCACCAGCGAGCAGUAGACACCAUCCGCCGAGCUUAUCGAAACAAGGCUCGGGAGCCCAUGGAGCUUGUGGUCAGGGUCCCCAGGACCAGCCCACUACCCUUACCCCCUGACUUGUCAGCCGUCACCGAUCAGCGCCUUCCUGCUGACCAUUCCCCUGCCCGCUGACCCCUUGAUGGUACUCAUCUCAUUCCCUUCCACUAUCUCCAAGAACCUCCCAUUAAUGCUCUGUCCACCAAUACCCAGAUUCCUCCCACCGAUGCCAGGCUCCUCCAUCGGACCACCAGCCCAGUCCCUUCUCUAGCCCUCCAGACUCCUGAUACUAACCCCAGACUCUCCCCACCUAUGCUAUGACUCUUCCCACUGACUUCAGAUACUCCCUUUGACUCCCAGGGCCCUCUUGCUAGCUCCCAGACCUUGCCUACUAACCUCCUUGGGACUCAGGAACCUCCCACUCUUGCUUAACUUGCCUCCUCCCCAAGCUCCCCACUUUCUUCCCUCUCCAGCUAUCACGAAGGUUCUGCCCUUUCCAGAUAAACUUGGUGUCAAGGACAAGGUGCUCCUGGGUAGCCUGUGUCACCCGCUCACUGCCCCUAACCUCCCAGGACAGGGAGAGGUUGGUAGAAAGCUAAGGUCUGGAGCUUGGGACUGGUGGGCACUUUCUCAUGAUGACCCCUUUAGUGCCCCUGAGCACUGAGGGACAUGGGUUCUUAGGGCCCUGAAGAGUCAUUGCAUCCAUCCCCCAGCCCCAGUGUUCUGUGCGAGGGACAGGAUGGAAGGCUUUUCUAGUUUCUCAAACCCUGAGAGACCAUUUCAUGUCAUGGUUCACUUAGGACUUCACACUUUCUACUGGAUUUGUCCUUCCCCCAUCACCUUCCUCUCCCCAAGACCUCUAUGAGGGGGUAGGGGAAUAGCCAGCCAAUUGGGGGGGCUGGGAGUGGGGGUCAAAGAAGUUCCCAUAAUCUCUACCUAGCACACUCGACUUUUUUUAAAAACAAAAAAAUUUUUUAAUUUUUUUCUUUGGGUUUGUACAAGAAAUUUACAGUGUGGAAAAAUAUACAAGUGAAAACGAGGCCAUAAACCCGGGUGUGGGGAGGGGCCACUUGGUCACAAACACAAAUAAACAAGACAAUUCUGAGUUCUUCCUUUGGU